UGGCGCAAAAUUCCGAUAUUGUGAAUCAAACUUUGCCGUGGUUUUGCAAGGAUACCAUUAUAAUAAAUGAAAACUAUGCAGCAUUAUUAGGUUGGAUAAAGCGUUCGAGGCAGCAUGGACUGUUACUCUAAGUGCGGAAGCAUAGUGAAGAAGUGAAGUAAUAUUUUUAAGUAGCAGCCUAAAUGGAUUAAAACAUCUAAAUUAUUUUAAAGCCUGAUUACCAUGAAGAAAUCGAAUAUACGCAUUGUGAAUAAUGAGGUCAACUUUUCAAAUUAAAAUAAAGUGAUAAUAGGAAGUGAUGAAAAACCGCUAUACAAAUGUUACAUGAAGAAAAACAUAAAUCAUCAUACUCGAAAAUAUAGUUAUAAUUACAAUUUUUGCUAUUAUUAUGCCAAAACAUCAUCACUCACCCGUACAUCACCAUCAUCACCCCGAACCAUCAUGCAACGACCACCUGGCGCACUCGAUCGAUUUGGCUACGACACUGCGAAGCGAAUUGGCCGCCUCCACCUACAAACGGGACCGAUUGAUGGCCGAGCUGUCCGACGCAAAAAGCUCCCUGUGCGCCAAAGAAAACGAAUGCGAAGCCCUGAGGGCACAGAGCGCUCGCCAAACGUCUCUGAUUGGUUCCUUACAGCAGCGUCUUGCGGCCGCUGAGUCACGUGAAAAGAAUCUUCACUCUCGCAGUGAAAGUAUCGUUGGUACUCUGAAUCGGGACAAAAAGCACCUGGAGGAUAAAAUCAAAGAGCUGUGUGCAAAAACAAGGCGGCUAGAAUGUGACCUAAGCAAAGAAGAAGGCCACCGUGAUCAGGCCAGAGCACAGCUGCAAGAUUUGGUGCGCAGGUUAUGUCUAUGUCUGGGGAUAGAUGUUUGCGAUGGAGCUCAUUUAACACCAGAAUUUGUGCUCAGUAAAGCGGCGGAAACGGUUUCUGAGCUUCAACGUUUGCGAUCCAAACUAGCGGGGGCCUGCGAACAUCUGACCUCUACUGAAGCCGAGCUUAUAACGACAAAGACAACAGCUUGUGCGGAAAAAACACGACUGCAAACGCAGAUCGAAGGUUUGCAGACGCUCUCUCAAGGAUUAGAAGCACGAUGCCGUCAGGCGGAACGCGACUUACAAGUAACACGUGAUCGGUUGGCAGAGAGUGAAGUCAACGGUGAUAAACUUAGAGAGGAACUACGGGGCUUUGAGUCAAGAAGUUGUAGACUGCAAAACACUACCGACAGACUACAUACGGAAAGAUCGCAGUUUUUGAGGACGUUGGCUACCAUCGUUGGGGUUAACGAGCCCUGCGAAAAUAAUGUUCGAGAUAAAGUACGUGAAAUUACCAACCACAAUCAGUCAUUGCACGAUCAAGUGGCUCAACUUAAAGAACAACUUCACCAGGAAGCGAUACGUCACGGUGAACAUCAAGAAAGUACAACAUGCCGGCUGAAAUCUGAGGAACAACAUCGGAUUAGUGUCGAACAGCGGCUAGAGAAAGCUUGCCACGAACUGCAGCACUUUAGAGCCGAACAUACAACGCUGAGCGAAUACCUGGUGCGGCUUGCCCGUGCACUGUGUUGGAGCGAAUGCACGGAGCCUCCUGCACCUGGGAGCGAUACUACAGUCCUAGGGGAAACGUUACUUGAAAGAGCAGACCGUCUAGCAACUCACCAUGAUCAUCAUGUCCACGGAAUUUGCGAUAAGAAUUGCUGGGAAUUGGCUCACCAUCACACGCACUCCCAUUCUCAUCACCACAGCAAUCACACGAAACUGAGACGGGAACGUUCCUGUACCGAUCUGCCACUGAAAGAAAGUUCCGCACUGUACAAUUUGCAGCGACGGGUUCGUGUUCUCAGGGAACAGGUCCAACGGAGGGAUCUGCACUUGGAACUUCUGCGGCGUAAAAUUACACUACUAGAGGAUAAUGCCAGGGGAAAAGUCAUGCUACAAACUGAACGUGACGAAGCUGUUCAUCGAGCCCGCCGUAACUCGAAAAACGCUGAACGUACUUUUCAGCAGCUAUCCGAAGUCAAACAUCAAUUGGCGGAGGUGAAGAACCAACUUAGCGAAGCGUCCGACUAUAAAUUAACGGCUUUGGAGCGAGCCCGGAAGUGUGACGAAUUGCAGGCUCGGCUCUGUGAGUUGGAAACUGAGCGGGAAAGAUUAGUCAGUCAACUUGCAGCCUAUAAAUCCCGAGCUAGGUCUGCCGUUGAGAGCUCUCACGAUCGAAAGGUUCGCGACGAGCAUGCAAUUUCUCACCUCCGCGAGGAACUGUCCCGAAUAAAGGCACAACUAUCGGACACCAGCCACCGUCUGUCACAACUGCAAGCAUUCCGUACCUCAGUCGCUAAAUUAUUGCACAUGCACGAGAGCCCGGAAUCGGAUUUGCUCCACAAAUUGCAGUCUAUGUGCAGCGCACAUCACCAUUGUACCUGUUUGGGACGCCAUUACGGAUCAACGUCUCCGGUGGGAACAGCCGGCAGUGAUCUCCAUUGCUCCCGGUACGAUGAAGGACCACCAGCGACCUCGUCUGCAGUCGGUUGCAGGCCGCUCAGCUCCAGUCCAGUACACACACGACGAUAUAUUGAUUCAGGUUUUAAUGAUCACGAUCACCACUUUGAUGAUGAUUUUGAUUUCGGAAAGAAAUACUAAUAAUGUACGUAAAAACAUCGAAUACUGCCCAAGUCACUGCUAAUAUACCGAAUCGCGCCAUGCGAUAGUGUUCGUUUUAUAGCUUACCAUGUUGAAAUCGUUUCUACUUCAUAGCAAACUAAACUAGAGCAUACUAGAGACACCUAUAGGAUGAUAGCUGAAGUGAGGUCGUUUUAUUGCCAUAAAGAAUUGGGUUGUU